AUGGAGAACCUUCCUGACCUAGUGGCGCUGUCAGGAGGUUCGGUCGACUUGGCGGUAAGGUCGACGCAGGGUGGAACGUCCAGAGGUUAUAGGGACGUUGGUCGAUGUGGACGACCACACCCUGGAAGGUGUCUCGCUGUCCCUGGAGUCCUGGAGGAAAAGAACAAGAAGCCCACAGGAGUGCAGGAGGUGCGGAGGCUUGUGGAAGUUUCUGCCAAGGCGGCACAGCUAGGCUGGCAGAUUGAAGGGCGUAUCCCGGAAGGUGUUCUGCUGUUGGCCCAUAUGGCUCCGCAGUUAGAGAUGAAGCUCAACGAGCAAAGAAUGACAGCCCGGGAAGAUCUGAGGAAGUUGGUUCCUCGGAUAGGAAAAGCGAAGGUGGUCAAAUGGCCCACGCGCUUGGAGAGAAGGCGUCAACAGGCAGGAGAUGAUCAGAACCUGCGAGCGAAGGAGAGGAGGGAUGCGAUGUUCGAAGGCAUCGACAUGAGUCGCCGCUUUGGGAAGGGGCGCCGAGCAUCCACGUUGCGGAAGCAUACAAAAACGUGGAUGAAGGCAAGGAGCUGGAUGCCUUCGACGUUCCUCAAGCCAUGGCCUGAGAGCGCUGAGGAGCUUGCAUUCUAUUUAGAGUGCCGGGCCAGUGAGCCGUGCGGCAAGUCGGUUCCGGGAAGCAUCUACAGGACGCUUCUCUUUGCGGAGAGUGCUGGAGAAUUCCCCGUGGAUCAGCAGGUUGGCAAAUCCGCGGCGAUAAAGAACACCUUGGAAGAACAUGCAGCUGGAAUCUCGAGCAUCGAGGUUCACGAAGAAGGCAUGGCAUUUGCCAGUCACGGUGGUGUUGGCUUUGGAGAAGAAGAUACCACGGGCCUGGAUCAUAGCACACUGCAUGGAGUGGCAGUCCUUUGGGCUCACCGGGGUGCUGAACAGGACGAAGACGACUGGUCCAGGCAAGAAGGGUUGAUGGAGCGCGACUUUAUGUUGCCGUGCCCUGUGGCCGCGCUCGGUGGGUUCGGCAAGCGCAUGGUGAACUAUGCCAUGGCGUCGCGGCUGUCGCAUGCCCUCUUCAACAACCUGAAGGUGGACUUCGACGAGGGGGCAACAUAUUGCCGUUCUGGAGUGCCCGAACAUGUGAGGAAACAGAUGGGGCGAUGGACGCCCACAGUGGACCAGGCAUACGAGAGGAAUGCCAGGUCUAACAUGCUGAGGGCACAGGCCACGAUCGCAUGUUUCAUUAAGAAGAACCUGGGGGCACGAGACCACUUUGAUGAGGCCUUGGUGAUCGCCGCGGUCUCGGAGCGCAUGGAGAAGAAGCUGGCAGCUUUUGGGACGCACUCCAAUCCCAAAAGAAUCAGAUUAGUUGGACCAGGUGAAGCUCGAGGAGAUCUCUGGUGGGGCAUGUGCCCGCACGAGAGGGCCUGCUGGAUGGCGGGGACCUACGUGCUCAGCAUCAUCGGGCGAGGAGGGGCCCAAGCAGACGCGUCGGACAGCGGGUUGUCCGAAGAAGAUGACGUGAACUCUUCCGACUCGAGCACGUCGGUGGAGGAGACUGAGGCGACGACCGACGACUUCGUACUGAUCUUAGCAAUGGUGGCGGUGUUUGACCUGGACACCGACGAGGGCUUGAGGAACUUCGCCAACAACCACUGCCAGUUGCAUGCAGACUGCGAUGUGGUACAAGUGGUGCGGCACAAGUUGGAGGCCGAGGCAACAGCCUCAUCGCUGCCACCUCCCGUGAACAAGACGGAGGCACAGGUGGAGUCGGGUGAGCGGAAGAAUAUGAGCCCGAUUCAUGUCAUGAGCAGGGACGAGCAGGACGUGGAGCCGUUGGCAGCAAAGCUGGAUAAAUCGGGUAUCCUCAAAGUCACCCGAUGCCAAUUCAAUGGUGAGACGAUGUCAUCACCGUCGCUGGAGCUCGUAUUGAGCUAUGACUUCCAGGUCAGAAAGGCCAUGACGAAGGCCAUGAACGAGGGUGUCAAUAUGGUAAAGGCCCUGGAAGAUGCGAUGAAGGAUACCACAGUCAAGGAAAGGUAUUUCUUGACUCCGGCGGCCAUGGGAGCAGCUGGCAAGGAGUCCAGGCAAAAGUCUAGGGGCAGUCAGAAAGGAAAGAAAGGCAAGGGCAAGAGGAAGCCAGGCAAGACCCUACAUAGCCGCACGCCUGACGGGGAGAUCUCCCUCCUGGAGAGAGAUGAGAAGGAGAUCGCAGAAAGCCGGUCCGAGAACCCACAACGGGCCUGCUCGAGCGGUGCAGAGAUGAAGGCACCAGUGGCAGCUCCUCAGACGGAAGGGUCUGAAGAGAGGUCGCUUUUCCUCAAGUGGAUCCUCGAGCAAGGGAAGAGGGCCGGGGACGCGGUCAAGGAAGCCCUGGACGACAAGUUGAGAUCUCUGGGUUUUCGCCCGGAAAGGAGGGAAGGAGACCGAGACUGCGAGGUCAACUACAGGAAGUGGAACUUGGACUUCACAGAGCAGCAGUUCCAGGACUCGAUGGCCGGCAAUUACAAGUCCGCGCAGAAGAACUGCGAGGACAUAGAGAGGCAGGUCAUGGAAGAGGUAGGGAGGGGGUCCAUCCUGAGGGUGUCAGAGGAGGAAGCUCAGGGUGAAUUCAGGGGUCGCCUAGCAGUAGCGGCCUUGCAGGGGUCCAGUGCGGUGAGGAUAGUCCACGACAGCUCGUAUUCUGUGGGCGUCAACCACAGGAUCAAAGUCUUGGACAGGAUGAGGUUUCCAGGCAUUGACGAUGCGUCAGGGGUGAUGAUGUACGUGGAUGAGCACGUCGAAAGAUGUCCCAGGCUGAUGAGGUGCUCUAUGCUAUAUGAUAUCGCACGGGCUCAUAAGCUGGUGCCGGUGGCAAGGCAGGACUGGGGGUAUCAAGCCUUCAGGCUCCCGGGGAACAAGCAACAAGGGAAUAUCUUCUUACAUACAAGAGGAACGUUCGGCAUUGCUUCAGCGGCCUAUCAUUGGCAGCGGUUGGCGGCUGGCGUGGUCAGGCUGAUUCACAGGCGUUGGAAAGGCGAAGUGCUCGAAAUCUUCAGAGUCGAUGCAAAAGCAGAAGGUGAUCACAUUGUGAUAGGUCUUGUGGCAGUCAUGUUGUUCGGGGACCGAGUUGCCAAGCAGAUGCAUAGAAAGCCAAAGCGGCUGACAUUGACGCUGAGUACAGGCAAUCUGGGCAACACAUUUGUAUUGAGUCAUUUUAUGAGCCGCAAGUAUCCUUUGUCCAUAGUGGUAAUGGAGUUGGCAGCUCAGUUGAGGAAGAAAGGAAUAGAAAUGGACUUAGGGUGGAUACCCAGAGGACAGAAUGCGGAAGCUGACGCAUUGACAAACUCGGAGCUCACGGGCUUUGACCCGGGGAAGCGCAUAGAUAUGAACUUCGAGGACUCAAAGUUUCUGGUGAUGGACAAGCUAAUGGAGAAGGCUGCAACUUUGGAUGAAGAGAUAAAGCUAGCCAAAUCACCCAAAGAAGUCAAAGGUGCAUUGAUAGCUGCUCCUCUUUUUCGCAUCACGGUCCGCAAUCUGUGGCGCGAUGGAGCUGGUAGUGCAAAUGCCUUCGCAGAUGUGGGCCGUUUGCAUCAUCAACUUGCAACUGCCUUCACUGUGGCCUUCUGCGCCAGCGAGGCCUUCACCGCUGUGUUUGCCUACUGUUUGAUUGCAUAUUUUAAGAACUGGAGCACUGACAAGGGCCAAAGAGUUGCAAUAAGCGCACUUUGCUGUGCAGCAGCAAGUGCUGCUGGCGCUGCUUCCGGCUGGGUUGGAGCCUCUGAUUUCCGUCAAAUGACAGACCCGUCAGCAGGACUGGCUUGGGACUUGCUGGUGCUUCUGGUAAGUACUGGGUUUUCCCAGAUUUUAUCCCUUGUGCUAGUGCCUGUGUCCAUCUUCAUGUUGCUAUGGGACACGCCGGGUAUAGGCGAUAUCCUCAAGUACGCCAUGAAAUUCCAGUCCUUCCAGUGGAGUGAGUGGUGGCAUCAACGUGGAGCAGGUUCAGGACAGUGGUCUCAAUUGGUCUUGCUCAUUGCUGACAUUGAGAUUGACGAAGGACGUUGCCCUUUCGUUUUCGUUCUGCGCUUACUACCAGUAGAAGCUUGUUUAGAUUCUGGGCAUGUCUAG